AGACCUCCUUCCCUUCCAGGCUCCCCGGGAGUCUGAAGUCCAGCAGUAGCUCCGCCCUGGAAAAGCCCCACCCUCCCUCACAACAGCCAAAAGGCUCAGCCCGCAGCGCUCCGCGGUGCAGUCGAGCACAGCAGUUUCUCUGGCAAGCGGAACCCGCGGACUCCCGAGCGUCACGAUGGUUCGUGCUAAGAGCUGGACCCUGAAGAAGCACUUUCAAGGCCAUCCUACUCAGAGUGACUUUGAGCUGAAGACUGCUGAGCUCCCACCCUUAAAAAAUGGAGAGGUCCUGCUUGAAGCUUUGUUUCUCUCCGUGGAUCCUUAUAUGAGACUGGCAGCCAAAAGAUUGAAGGAGGGUGAAAUGAUGAUGGGGCACCAAGUGGCCAGAGUUGUGGAAAGUAAAAACUCAACCUUACCAACAGGAGCAAUUGUGGUGGCUCAUUCAGGCUGGACAACACACUCCAUUUCUGAUGGGAAACAACUGGAAAAAUUGCCUACAGAGUGGCCAGAUACAUUACCACUGUCUUUGGCCCUGGGGACAGUUGGCAUGCCAGGCCUAACUGCUUACUUUGGCAUACUGGACAUCUGUGGCGUGAAGGGUGGAGAAACAGUGCUGGUUAAUGCAGCAGCAGGAGCAGUGGGCUCCGUUGUGGGGCAGAUAGCUAAGCUCAAGGUAAGUGUCUUUUUCCAGUAACAAAUAUUUAUUUAG